AUCAAACGCUCUAACGUCGACGAAGAACUAUCGAUUCACCAACUACUUGCCAGUCAAGAGACAACUCAGAUCAUCACCACCCCUAGGGAGUAUCAGCUUGACCUUUUCCAGCGUGCCACUCAGCAAAACACAAUCGCUGUUCUCGACACCGGUUCCGGCAAAACUUUGAUUGCUGUCCUUCUCUUGCGCCACACCAUCGAGAAUGAACUCCAAGCUCGUCUGGAAGGCAAACCUCAUCGUAUUUCCUUCUUCUUGGUGCCUUCAGUCCCGUUAGUCUUCCAACAGUUCACUGUGCUCGAGCGCAACCUCGACUACGAUGUGGAUCGUUUGUGUGGUGCCAUGAUGACAGACAAAUGGAGCAAGCAGGUCUGGGAUGAGCGUUUUGCCAAAGCCCAUGUCAUCGUCUGUACCCCUGAUGUUCUCAAAACUUGUUUGAGCUGCUCCUUCAUCUCUAUGCGCCAGAUCAACCUUCUGGUAUUUGAUGAAGCCCAUCAUGCUAAGAAGGGUCAUGCAUACGCUCAAAUCAUCAAAGACUAUUAUCUCACUGAAGUCGACGAGCGCUCCCGACCCAGGAUCUUCGGUAUGACGGCCUCGCCCGUCGACGCGAGAGUGGAUAUUCGGCAAGCUGCCAGGGAUCUCGAAAUCAUUCUGCACAGUAAAAUCGCUACAGCACGCGACCUUACCCUACUUCAGAACACAUUUGCCAAACCGCAGGAGUGGUUCUUGGAAUACACGACAUCUCACGCUAUUUCUCCACCAAGCAAGCUCUUCCAGGACUUGAAGAUCCAGUUUGGCAGUAUCAAGUGUCUCGGCAGCCUGUUCGAUCAUGCCAUCAAGAUACGCUCCCAUCUUGGUGACUGGUGUGCUGAUCUUUACUGGGGUUUCGCAAUGGCUGAGCAACGAUCGAAANAGAUGGAGUCUCGUGUUGAACAAGCUGCUCGAUCAAGAAAUUCUAUGGAAGAAAUCGAUCUCGAACUCGAACAAAUCCACAAAGCCAUGGAACUUAUCACGAACUAUGACUUCGGAAGACCUAAAACUGACCUCUCAGACCUCAGCGAAAAGGUACAAAACCUGCAUACCUACCUGAAUGCUCAUUAUGGGCGCUCUUCGGACGAUCGCUGCAUCGUGUUCGUUGAGCAACGCAGCACUGCAUAUCUACUCCAANAAGUCUUCGAAACGAUUGGUGGACCUUACUUGCGCGCAGGCCUACUUAUAGGAGCAAGCAACGGUCGUCUGGACGACGUACAAUCAACAUUUCGCAGUCAAGUGGUUACCCUCAUAAAAUUCCGAAAAGGAGAGUUGAAUUGUCUUUUCGCAACCUCUGUCGCCGAAGAAGGUCUAGAUAUUCCUGACUGCAAUCUGGUCGUACGUUUUGACAUUUGCAAGACAAUGAUCCAGUAUGUACAGUCUCGUGGACGUGCCCGACACAAGAACUCCAACUUCUUACAUAUGAAGGAGAAAAACAACUGGGAUCAUGGUAGUGUCUUGGAAGAAAUCCGUGCAGCAGAGAUGGUCAUGCGGGCUNUUUGCAAAGACCUACCUGCAGACCGUCAGCUGGACGGCGACAACGAUUUGGUCUUCACUCAAGACAUGAUCAGUCUUUACCCUACUCAUACGAUACCUGGUACGGGUGCAAAGAUCACUUUUGGCUCUGCUCUUCAGAUACUGUCACAUUUCGUGGACAGUCUUCCAAAGGAAGGCGAAGAAGCUUUGCAGCCUAUUUACAUCAUCACCAGACAGCGUGAGCGUUUCAUUUGCGAAGUGGUCAUCCCAGAGCCUUCGCCUGUUCGCUCAGCAGUCAGCGACCCUAUGACAAAAAAAUCACUUGCCAAACGAUCAGCUGCUUUCAAGGCUUGCAAAGAGCUUGUGUUCUCGAAGCACCUCAACUCUCACCUCGUCCCAGUUUACACCAAGAAGCUGCCAUCGAUGCGUAAUGCCGCGUUAGCGUUGAGCUCAAAGCAAACCGGUAUGUACAACAUGCGCGUUAAGCCUCGAGUUUGGGAAGAUGGGCGAGGUUCGAUUCCUUCCGUGGUGUACCUCACCCACAUAGACGUCUCAGAGGGGCUGAACCGUCCUCAUCAACCCUUGCUUCUUGUCACCAGAAGACCGAUGCCGAAUUUUCCAGAGUUUCCUCUAUUCUUGAACGACGGUCGCAGGACUGAUGUGAGGCUCACUGCACUCAAGACGCCCUGCGCAGUCACCGAGGCUGAACUGGCUAAGUUCAACUCCUUCACUCUGAGCGUUUUCAAAGACCUCUACAACAAGACGUACGAGGUUGAUGUCUCGAACAUGUCUUACUGGCUCGUGCCGUUUGAACGAUCGACUCAGCUCGCAGAGAUUCAUGAUGCCCCCUUCCAACUCAUAGAUUGGGCUACAUUGAACUACGUUUGCAAGGACAGUAAAGGGAUUCGGUGGUCACACAAUAUGUCUGGCUCAUUGCUGGUGGACAGGUUCUUCAUAGAUCCUUGGGAUGGCGGCCGUCGCUUCUUUUCAACGAGGGUAGCUACAGAAUACAAGCCUUCCGACCCUGUCCCAGAAGGCUGCGUGGCUUCGAGACGCCAAGCCGACAUCAUCAACUACACAGUUAGUCUGUGGCGAAAGACGCGUGAAACGAAGAAGACGUCGUGGAAUUCUGAGCAACCUGUUCUAGAAGCUGAGAAGGUAUUACACAGACGUAACAUGCUCGCAGAGCCUACUGCCAAGGAAGAACAAGAUGCAUCAAAGGUUCGCAGCUUUAUCUGUCCGGAGCCGCUCACUAUAUCUGCUGUAAGUUUAAUCUCAAUCAUCCAUCGUAUCGACGACUAUCUUAUCGCCAAGGAGACGUGCGAGGAGCUUGGCUUGACUGUAGAUCUGCCAUUGGCCUUGGAAGCAAUUACUAAGGACUCUGACAAUACAGAAGAUCAUCAGAGUCACGAACGAAUCAAUUUCCAACGUGGUAUGGGCAAGAACUACGAGCGCCUUGAGUUUUUGGGCGAUUGCUUCUUAAAGAUGGCGACGUCAAUCUCAACAUUCACGCAGAAUCCCAACGACAACGAGUUCGAUUUUCAUGUGAAGCGCAUGCUCCUUCUCUGCAACCAGAAUCUCUUCAAUGCUUCGCAAAAGCUUAAGCUCUAUGAGAACAUCCGCAAAGGAAUCAAGCUUUUGGAAGGCAAAGGUGCCAACAAGAAUGGUGAAGAGCCAAUCAAGCAUGCACUGGGCGACAAGACAAUCGCAGACGUGUCUGAAGCACUGAUGGGUGCAGCCUUUCUCACGCAUGACAAGCCUGGUAAGUGGCAGCCAGAACACUGGCGUGAUGCUGUCAGAGCUGUUACCCAGCUUGUUGACAAUCCUGGUCAUGCAAUGGAUGACUGGCUGGACUAUUCUCGUUCGUACGAGAAGCCAGCAUACCAAACAGCUGAGGUUAGAGCUUCAACGCUUGAGUUAGCCAAGAGGGUGGAACAGGAGCACGCAUACCACUUUGGCUAUCCACGCUUACUCCAGGCUGCCUUCCACCAUCCCUCUUAUCCGAACCUCUGGUCCGAUGGGAUUCCAUCAUAUCAGCGGCUCGAGUUUUUGGGCGAUUCACUUCUUGAUAUGACCAGUAUCACUCAUCUCUUCUACAAGUAUCCUGACAAGGAUCCUCAGUGGUUGACUGAACACAAGAUGGCGAUGGUGUCCAAUCAGUUCCUUGGAGCUCUCUGUGUUCGACUUGGGUUCUAUAAGCAUCUUCAAUACAAUCACGAAUCUUUGCGUCAACAGAUCGAGAACUAUGUUGUGGACAUUAAAGAUGCAGAAGCUGCUUCACAUGGAUCUAUGGAUUACUGGACGACAGUGAAGGGAAGCCCCCAAGGUAAGAAUGAAUGCUCAUUGGCCGAACAGUGUUAUACUGACGUCUUCCAGUGUCUGCCCGACAUAGUCGAAGCAUAUGUUGGUGCGAUGUUCAUUGAUGCGGAUUUCGACUAUAGCGUAGUGCAACGUUUCUUCGAUGUGCACAUGAAGCCGUUCUUCGAUGACAUGACUAUCUACGACGAUUAUGCGAACAAUCAUCCUGUGGUAAGUGGUGUCAAGAAACCCCAAUAUCUGCUCAGCUAU